AGAUUUGUAAACGCUAUGCAAACUAUAUGAAUAUAAAUAAUGUCAUCUACCACUGCUGUACACGCACUAACAGAGAGGAAACCAUGGAAGGCAAUCCCUGUCAAGGUUGGAAAGUCAGCUCCUAAGUUUAACGACCUUAUCGAGUUUGAAGAAUUAUCAGAAUAUGAUUUGGUUGGAGCUUUUGACAAUGAACCAAUAAAACCAAUCACAAAUUUACCCAAGAAAAAAAAGAAUUUAAGAAAACAGGAAAGAUUAAACAAACUCAAAUCAUUAAAAGAACCUGAAAAGGUAGUUGUUGAUAAAACAACAACCGAACUGCCUGAAAACACUACAGAUCAAAAUAAUAAAGAUGUUAUUGAAAAAAUUACAACUGUAAACAAUAACGAAAACAAUGUAAAAGCGAAAAAGAGGAAAAACAAAACUAAACCGAACAAAAAAUCCAAAAAAGCAAAAUUAAAUUCUGGAACUCAAAUAGAAGAAACCAAUGAAGAAGAAAAUGAAGACAUUUUAUCCACAGUUGACAUGAGUGCUUGGCAAAAUCUUUAUGUUCCAGAAACUGUUUUAAAGGCAUUAGCAGAGCUUAGGUUUACAAAACCUAUGCCAAUACAAGAACAGUGUAUACCUGUUGCCAUCCGUGACAAACGAGACAUCUUAGGAGCUGCAGAGACAGGAAGUGGGAAGACGUUGGCAUUCGGGAUUCCUCUCCUGCAUCACUUGAUGGAAGAUAGGGAGAGAAAUUUAUUGGAAAACACGGAAAAUGCGGAAAUUGAUGAGGAUGAUGAACACAUGAGUGACUUUGAAGACGCUGAACCAGUUUCAAAAGAAGAAAUUGAAGAAACGCAACCGACCAAAGCAUUACCAGCACUUGUGUUAACACCAACGAGAGAAUUAGCCAUACAGGUAAAGAAGCACUUGACACAAGUUGCCAAACACACUAAACUAUGGUCAACUGUGGUGGUUGGUGGAAUGGCUCAACAAAAACAAAUCCGGUUGUUAAACAAGGAACCAGAUAUUGUCAUUGCAACUCCUGGAAGGUUGUGGGAAUUGUUAGAAUCGGGUCACCCAUACUUAUCCACCAUCCACAAACUUCGAUAUCUUGUGAUCGAUGAAGCGGAUCGUAUGCUCGAACACGGACAUUUUGAAGAACUCAACAAACUACUUGAAGUUAUUAAUCUAAAAAAAUCUAAAACGAAACGUCAAACCUUCAUAUUCUCUGCCACUCUUACCACUGUACAUUUUACUCCAAACCGACCAAACUUUCCAACUCAAGCAUCAUCUAACACCAAGGAUACCAAACUAUCAAAGCUAAUGAAGAAGAUAGGGGUUCGGAACAAACCGUUUGUUGCGGACUUGACUACUAAAAAACUUACAGCUGAGAAAUUAUCUGAAGCAAAAAUAAUUUGCCAACCAAAAGAAAAGGAUUUUUAUCUUUACUAUUUCAUUAAAUCACAUCCUGGUCGUACUUUGAUCUUCACGAACAGCAUCGAUUGCAUCUUCCACCUCUCGGGAGUCCUUGAUGCUCUCGGAUGCAAUCCUCUUCACAUCCACGCAAAGAUGCAACAGCGACAAAGAUUAAAACAUCUCGAUCGUUUCCAGGAAAAUCCGAAUGCGAUCAUGAUCGCAAGUGAUGUGGCUGCAAGAGGACUUGACAUACCUGGUGUAAAAUAUGUGAUUCACUACCAAGUACCUCGUACCAUGGAAACUUAUAUACAUAGAAGUGGAAGGUCAGCCAGAUCUGGUGAGGAUGGUUUAAGUUUGCUUUUCGUUAGUUCGGAUGAAAUGAGCUUCUACAAACGCAUCUGUAGAUCCCUGGAUAAAGAGGAUGGUCUCCCUCUCUUCCUCAUCAAUGAUAGUUACAUGGCUGCUAUAAGGAAGAUGGUGACCUUGGCAAGGGAAGUGGAUUCGCUUUCACAUAGGGAGAAAAAGGUUCGUUUGCAUAACGACUGGUUCAGCAAAGCUGCCGCAGCCAUGGAUAUGGAUAUAGAUGACGACAUGCUGCUUUCAACGGAUAACAGGAGUGACAAAACCCAGCUGUUGAAAUCGAAAAGGCAACAGCUUAGCGCUUUGCUGAAACGACCGAUUUUUCCCAAAGGUUUUUCAGGAAAAUUCAUCACGAAAAGCGGGGAGCUGCGGUUGCCAGGGAUUCUUAAUGGGAAAUCCCAGAACGUGUUUGGAAAAUCGAUGACUGGGAAAAAAUAAACGAAAUUUUCUUUUCGUACAUAUCUUGUCGUAUAGCCACUCGUCGUCUGCUGCUAUUUUAGCAAGAAUCUUGACAAAAAAGCCUUUGUUUUAACUCAAGGUUUUGAUAAGCUGUUUUGGCGGUUGUGUUAAAUAGAGAAGAGAUUUUUGGUGCUUUUGAGGAUCGACGAAUUUAGGCGUCUCGUCCACUUGCAAAUUAAGGAACUCGAAUAAACAAACCGUUUUUGAU